AGCACCAGCAGACAUUUUUGAAUCAGCUGAGAGAAAUUACUGGGAUCAACGAUGCCCAGAUACUACAGCAAGCUUGGAAGAUAGCAAUGGAAACUUGGAGUUGGCAGUGGCUUUCCUCACUGCGAAGAAUGCCAAGACCCCUCAGCAGGAGGAGACAACUUACUACCAAACCGUGCUUCCUGGCAGUGAUAGAUACAUCAGUGUGGGAAGCCAAGCAGAUGCGAUGACCAACCAGAAGGACAGAGGGAGCCUCAGACUAGGAAGAUUGGGGAGCUGUGUGGGCAGUCCCAGGCGUCCCUGCACAGAAGGAAACUUGAAAACAGGAGGAGAGUGGGCCUCACCCAGGGAUGGCCCCCAUCACUUGCUCUUGUGCACAGAAAGGGACGUGGCCUGGCCCUGCUUUGUCCCCUAGGUGUGCUGUAGGGCCAGGUGGGCCUAGACUGGCAGAGCCAGGCUGCCAUCAGCCCUGUCCACCUCCCCCAGUGCCUGGAGAAGUGAGACCCCUUCUACUUUCAGAGCUCACUUAGGGGUCUGUUUCCUAGACCCUAGCUGGCCUCCCCUCCCCCAACCAACUGACACACCCUGGUUCCAGCCACCUGUUUACUUUGGAGAUGGAACACUCCUCAGGGUUCCGAGCGGUCAGUUGUGGCCCACAGGGCACUGGCACUCAGAGGCACAGCUGCGGAGCUCUCCCCAGCCAUGGAGGGCCUGCUGCCUGCCAUCGCGUCCGCUUUCCAGCUGAUCCUGGGGCACCUGUGGUGUGCUCUGCUGGUGAUUUCGGAAAGCUUGAGCCAGAGGCCAGGUCUCCCUGCGUUCCCCUGGGAGGUCCUGGUAUGUACUGUGGUGGUGGCUUUGAUAGUCAAGACAGGACAUAUUUUCAGAAGAGGGAAGUCUCCAGGCGAAAGGUGUUCUGCCUGCGGUGAAGUCAGUGGAGAAUGUGGGGAGAAUACCGGACCUGAGAACCGAGCCGUGGAAGCCCUUCAGUGCCCUCGGGUGGAGGCCAGUCCUCUCCCGUUACGAACCUUGUGCUUGGCAGCGAUGAAUACAAUCCUGAGCACAUCAGCACUUCAGGACACUGUCGACCUUCUGGAAAAGGCUUUGAAGAGCCUGCCUGUUAAAGUCUCCAAAGCAACUGAUGAAGAGGAACAUCAGGAAAGAGCCAGAUGGUUGCAGCAACAAAAGCAAAUUGAGGAAGAGCUUCCAGGAGAAAUCCUCUCCCUCCAAACCGAGGAAGCAACUUUGCAGCACGAAAACACCAAGCUUGAAGGUGAGAUUCAGCAGCUGAAGCUCAAAUUUCAAAAUCUGCAUGAGCUACAUGAUGAAGAAGUUGCGCCACUUUACAGAAAAUUCUUUGAGGAGGAAAGGGUCUGCUCCGAGUUGAACAAGAAGCUCCUCAACGUGUGCUGGGAGAUGAACUCCAC